AUGAAACCAGAAAAUCGCCAUGGGGGCAAAGUGCAAGUUAUGAUUGAACUGUCAGUUAACUCAAACUCGUGGGCUCCGCCGGUUGUGCGUGACAACUCCAGGUCCGGGCGGCUAGAGUGUACAGGCCCAAGGCCACCUGGCUCCCUCCUAGAAGCAGCGGUGGAGGUGGAGGUGGUGGUGGCAGCGGCUCUUGCUCGGACCCCCCUCCCGCUCCGCUCCGCUUCUGGGCGCCGUGCACGGAGAUGCGGCCUGCAGCCUGUCUCAGAGCCCCGCCGCCCGCAGGGACUCGCCCGGGGCUGGGGUGGCCUCGGGAUCCGGAGCGGCCCGUGGGCCUGUUCGCCCGCGCGGAUAGAGAACAUCCAGCAAGAGACCACUGUGCUGAGUCAGUGCGACAGUCCCUACGUAACCAAGUACUACGGAUCUUAUCUGAAGGACACCAAGCUGUGGAUUAUCUUGGAGUACCUCCGCGGAAGCUUGGCCCUGGACCUGUUAGAACCUGGCCCGUUAGAUGAGACUCAGAUUGCCACCAUCCUAAGGGAGAUCCUGAAAGUGCUCGAGUACCUGCACUCAGAGAAGAAGAUCCACAGAGACAUGAAAGCGGCCAACGUCCUGCUGUCUGAACACGGGGCUGUGAAACUGGCUGAUUUUGGAGUGGCGGGCCAGCUGACAGACACCCAGAUCAAAAGGAACACCUUUGUGGGCACCCCCUUCUGGAUGGCGCCUGAGGUGAUCAAGCAGUCAGCCUAUGACUCAAAGGCAGACAUCUGGUCCCUGGGCAUCACCACCAUCGAGCUGGCCACGGGGAAGUCCCCUCACUCAGAGCUGCACCCCAUGAAAAUCUUGUUCCUCAUCCCAAAGAACAACCCGCCCACGUUGGAGGGCAACUACAGCAAGCCACUCAAGGAGUUCGUGGAGGCCUGUCUCAACAAGGAGCCCAGCUUCAGACCCACUGCUAAGGAGCUGCUGAAGUACAAGUUUAUACUCCGCAAUGCCAAGAAGACGUCCUACCUGACUGAGCUUAUAGACAGGUACAAGAGGUGGAAGGCUGAGAAGAGCCAUGAGGACUUCAGACCUGAAGACUCGGAUGUGGAAACACGGCCAGGCCGCUGGAGUAGUGACUCGGGGCACUGGAUCUUCACCAUCCGAGAGAAGGACCCCAAGAAUCUGGAGAAUGGGGCUCUUCCACCAGGCGAUCUCGGAAGAAAUAAGUUGACAGACAUCCCAAAGAGGCUUUUCUCCCCGUGUUUAUCUACAAUAAUCUCUCCUCUGCUUGCUCAGUUGAAAGAAGUGCCAGGCGUGUGGCGGGAGCGUGGUUCCAUUGAGGAGCUAUGUGGAGUCAUUUACCUGGCAGAGGAGGCCUGCCCCGGGAUCUCCGACACCAGGGUGGCCCAGCUGGUGCAGCGGCUGCAGAGAUACUCUCUGAGUGGUGGAGGAACCUCAUCACACUGAAACGCUGUGUCAUUAUGGGUUUGGGGUUUUCUUUCUUCUUCUUCAUCCUCCUUUCUCAAAGUCAAGGAGAGCCUCUGCUGGCUGCUGAGCAGGUGCGCCGCUGAGGAGCCAUCCUCACAGACACCGGUGCCCUGGCCCUCACUGUGCCAUGGCCAGAUGAAGUCUCUUGGAUAGAUGGGGUGGGAGAGCCAGCUCCUGCAAGCGAUCGUUUUAUUAUUUCUGUUUUGCUUUUCACCAUAGUGCACAUAUUCAAGGAAAGUGUCUUUAAACACACACACACACACACACACACACACACACACACACACACCUGAAAGUGUAUAUUUGGGAUUAUGAUAAGGCAACUACAGACAUGAAACCUCAGGUAUCCUGCUUUAAGUUGACAGCUCCCCUGGGAGACGGAGAAUCGCUCUGGUGGGUCGGUGUACAGAUCUGUAUAUAGAGUCAUUUUUACAGAACACCUUUGGGCGUGCAUAAGGAGUUACUGUGCACACACUGAC